UACAAAACCAUGGGAUCGUUAACUUUUUCCCAUAAAGUUUGUUCUCUAGCAUGCUUUACUUUGUAUGUCCAGCUAGUUUCAUUACCAAACAUUGCUUUUGCUUCUACUAGUUCAGCUGAAGCAGAGGCUCUUCUCAAAUGGAAAGCCAACUUUCAAAACCAAACUCAAAAUAAUUUGACCUCCUGGACUUACUUUCCCAUCAAUUCCACCCAUCCAAAAGAAAAUGGAAGCCCAUGCAAUCGUUGGAAUGGUAUUUCAUGCAAUCCUGCUGGAAGUGUCAACAACAUAAACCUCACAAAUUCUGGUAUUCAAGGUACGCUGCAUGGAUUUUCGUUCCUUUCCUUCCCUAACCUUGAAUAUAUUGACCUUAGCUUUAAUGAACUCUUCGAUUCCAUCCCACCUCAGAUUAGUUUCCUCUCCAAACUCACCUAUCUUGAUCUAUCUCGUAAUCUGUUGUCUGGGAAAAUCCCACCAGAAAUUGGUCUUCUGGCAAAUCUUCAGGUCUUGCAUCUAAAUGAAAACCAGUUAAAUGGCUCAAUUCCUCAAGAAAUAGGGCAGCUUAAGUUUCUUUCUGAGCUUGCUCUGUACAUCAACAGUCUAGAAGGUCUAAUUCCUGCUUCUUUGGGUAAUUUGAGUAACCUGACUUCUUUGUAUCUCUAUAGUAAUAACCUUUCUGGUGCUAUUCCUGUUUCUCUGGGUAAUUUGAGCAACCUUACUCUUUUGUAUCUUCAAGAAAAUCAACUUUCUGGUUACAUUCCUCCAGAAAUGGGAAAACUUUCUAAUUUGGUUGAGCUCCAGAUGCAAUCCAACAAGUUAACAGGUCUCAUCCCUCCGCAUUUUGGAAACUUAAAAAAGCUAACUUAUUUGUACUUGUACUCGAAUGGUCUUUCGGGCUCUAUUCCUCCGGAAAUAGGAAAUAUGAAGUCUCUAAUUCAAUUAUGUUUUCAAACAAACAAUCUUUCUGGCUCAAUCCCUCCAUCUCUAGGUGAUCUCACAAACCUUACCCAUCUAUAUCUCUACCAAAAUAACCUAUCCGGAAUCAUUCCUAAAGAGCUUGGGUACCUGAUUUCUCUUGUAGACCUACAGUUGGAGGAGAAUCAACUCAGUGGUUCCAUUCCCGCUUCAGUUGGUGACUUGAGUAACUUAGAAUUUUUAUUCCUUCGUGAUAACCAACUUUCUGGCCCCAUCCCCCAAGAGAUUGGGAAUCUCAGGAAGUUGAAGGGUCUCUUCUUAGAUACUAAUAGUUUUUCUGGUCAUUUACCCCAAUAUAUUUGCAGUGGUAAAUCUCUGCAAAAUUUUUCUGUAAACAACAACCAUUUGGUAGGUCCAAUCCCCAAAACCUUGAAAACUUGCAAGAGCUUACUGAGAGUCCAUUUUGAAGGGAACAAUUUGACAGGCAAUAUAUCAGAAGUCUUUGGUGCCUAUCCAAAUCUUCAAUAUAUAGAUAUUAGCCACAACAACUUCUACGGUGAAAUCUCACCCAUGUGGGGGCAAUGUCCUCAGUUAGCAACCCUAAGAAUUGCAAGAAACAACCUUACUGGUAGCAUACCACCUGAGCUCGGCAAUGCAACCCAAAUUCAUAGACUUGAUCUUUCCUCAAAUCGUUUAGUUGGGGUGAUUCCAAAUGAGAUUGGGAGGUUAACAGCUUUGCUGGAUCUGAUAUUGAAUAACAAUCAACUUUGGGGUCACAUACCAUCAGGCUUAAAAACAUUGAUGGAUCUUGAAUAUCUUGACAUGUCCACCAACAAAUUCAAUGACUCAAUUCCAAGCAUUUUAGGUGACUUGUCCAAAUUACACCACUUGAAUUUGAGCAACAAUAAGUUCUGCCAAGAAAUUCCAAUUCAAUUGAGCAGUUUAGUUCACCUGUCUGAGCUAGACUUGAGUCAUAAUUCACUGGAGGAUAAGAUACCAGCAGAAAUGAGCAAAAUGCAAAGCUUGGAGAUUCUAAAUCUUUCCCACAACAAUCUUUCUGGUCCCAUUCCGACAAAUUUCAAAGAAAUGCAUAGCUUGGUUCAAAUCGACUUAUCCUACAACCAGUUGCAGGGUCCUGUCCCCAACAACAAAGCAUUUCAAGAUGCUCCUUUGGAAGGCAAUGAAGGACUGUGUGGCAAUGUUGCAAAACUUCAACCCUGCAAUAUUCCUUCCAUGGAUAAUGAGCAUACCUCAAAAAUAGAUCGAAGGCUCAUGUUUUUAAUUAUUUUCCCUAUUUUGGGAACACUUUUUCUUGUACUUAACUUCCUUGGAAUUUCCAUGGUUAGAAAAAAAAGAAAAAAGGAGCAGGAGAGCGGGCAGAACAAUGUGCAGCACCAAUUUUUUUUUUUAAUGUCUGAAUUUGAUGGGAGACGAAUGUAUGGAGAAAUUAUCAAGGCAACCAAUGGUUUCGAUGCUGUAUAUUGCAUCGGAAAAGGAGGAUCUGGAAGUGUCUACAAGGUAGAGCUACUACUAUCAGGUACCAUAGUUGCAGUGAAGAAAUUCCACCCAAUACUUGAUGGUGAGGAGUCGUCUCAGAAGGAAUUUGUUAACGAAAUAAGGGCACUAAUGGAGAUACGACACCGAAACAUUGUGAAACUUCAUGGUUUCUGUCUACACGCCCGUCAUUCGUUUUUGGUCUAUGACUACCUAGAAAAGGGUAGCCUUGCUUCAAUGUUGAGCAAAGAAUACGAAGCUAACAAACUGGACUGGAGCACAAGGGUGAGGAUUGUGAAAGGUGUAGCUCACGCCCUGUCCUAUAUGCAUCAUGAUUGCUCUCCCCCUAUUGUGCAUCGAGACAUAUCAAGCAACAACAUACUGCUAGAUUACGAUUAUGAGCCUGUUGUUUCAGACUUUGGCACCGCUAAGCUUUUAAAUCCAGACUCAUCGAAUUGGACUGCCCGCGCAGGUACAUAUGGAUAUAUAGCACCAGAGCUUGCUUACACAAUGAAGGUAACCGAGAAAUGUGAUGUUUAUAGCUUUGGGGUGCUGGCAUUGGAAGUGAUAAUGGGAAAGCAGCUGGCUGAUUUCGUGUCCUCCUUUUCGACACCAUCCGCCAACGGAGACAUAUUGCUGAAGGAUUUUUUCGACCAACGCCUCGCCCCUCCGACACCAAAUAAUGAGAAUGAACUGAUAAGAAUUGCAUGGCUAGCAAUUGCGUGCAAACAUUCUCAUCCAGAAUCCAGGCCAACAAUGCAAAUGGUUUCUCAAGUGUUAUCAUCCAAACUUGCAAAUUCCUCUAGACUACCAGAGAUUACUCUUGAACAACUCAUUAAUUAGUAUCUAAAUACUGUGACAAAGAAUAAGAUGUUCUUGGUUAUGCAUAAUUACAUAGUAAUUAGUUUUCACAUGUAUUUUUGGCUAGAAUAAAAGCUCUACUAUUUCAUUCA